GGCUCCGUUCGGCGUGCGCGCAGCCCCAACCCCGGCCAUGCGCGGGGCCGACAGCACAGCGGCGGUGCGGGGGUGAUGCCAGAAGGAGCCCGGCAUGCCGUACUUGGACCGACAGAACCGUAUCUGUGGGUUCCUGGACAUUGAGGAAAAUGAGACCUGUGGCAAAUUCCUGCGGCGUUACUUCAUCCUGGACACGCAGGCCAACUGCCUGCUGUGGUACAUGGACAACCCGCAGAACCUGGCGAUGGGAGCGGGCGCCGUCGGCUCUUUGCAGCUCACCUACAUCUCCAAGGUCAGCAUCGCCACCCCAAAACAGAAACCCAAAACUCCGUUCUGCUUUGUGAUCAACGCUCUGUCCCAGCGCUAUUUCCUGCAAGCCAGCGACCAGAAGGACCUGCAGGACUGGGUGGAGGCUCUCAACCGUGCCAGCAAGAUCACGGUCCCAAAGGGUGGUGCUGCUGCACCUCCCACCACUGAGGUCACGAAGCCUCCUGCAGCGCUGCAGGCACAGGACAGGAAGCCCCCGGUGGCCUACAAGACUGAAAUCAUCGGUGGGGUGGUGGUGCACACCCCCAUCUCCAUCAGCCAGAAUGGUGGGGAUGGAGCAGAGGGCAGUGACCCGACUGCACACCCACUGCUGCGCCGCUCGCAGAGUUACAUCCCUGCCUCUGCCAGCAAGCCGCCCGCCGGGCCACCGGCCAUCAAGAGCGGCUUCUGCGUGAAGCAGGGCAAUGUGAGGAAGAGCUGGAAGCGCCGCUACUUUGUCCUCGAUGAGUUUUCCAUCAGUUACUACAAAUGUGAGCAGGACAAGGAGCCGCUGCGUUCCAUCCUGCUGAAGGACAUCUGCAAGACCCACGAGUGCCUGGUCAAAUCCGGUGACCUCCUGAUGCGGGACAACCUUUUUGAGAUCAUCACAAGUUCCAGGACCUUCUACAUCCAGGCAGACAGCCCUGAGGACAUGCACAGCUGGAUCCGGGCCAUCGCAGGGGCAGUGCAGGCCCUGAAGACCCGCCCCAGGGAGAUCUCCUUCAUGCGCUCUUGCUCCAUGAUCAAACCCGGGAGCAGCUCGGUGCCGUCACAUCCACAGGAGAGGAGAACACCUUGCAAGGCCCCAGCCACUGCCUGGCAGCCCUGGACGCCAGUGCCACAGGACAGGAGGCAGCCUGAAGUGCCCAGCCGGGAUGCAGUGUUUGUGCCGGCGCUGACGGAGCGCGAUGGAGCUCCUGUGCCAGGUCAGCGCCUGCGGCAUCGCUCGGAACCGCAGCACCACAAGGAGAAGUCGUUCCUCUUUGACCUGGACGAUGACAGCAUCCGGACCUCUGACGUCUGACAUUGCCUCUGCCCCACGGCGUGCCCCCUGCGUGGCUGUGCGGCAUCAUUUCUCCCCCAGCACCAAAAUAUGGAAGGCAGUGCAGGAGGCACGAGGAGGGUGAGGCGGCCUUUCAUCUCUUUGGAAGAACGUUCAUCUCCCUUCUGUGCCGCUCAGUCUUCCCCAGCACAGCUGUGCCUGGAGCAGGAGCUGCGCUGCAGCCUGCAGUGUUGGAUGAUGUUUCUUGGAGAUCGGCUCCAUGCGCUGCUCAACUGAUGGGAUACCAGCACACACAGUGGCAUCUAACUGCCUCCUUUUGUAUCUGUGGCCAUUGUUACAUCCCAGUGAGGUGUGCGGCUCACUGGUGGGACAUCAGUGACUGGGGCUUUGGUAUCCUCAGGUUGUUCUGGGGUUUAUUAGGCACCAAAAAGACCCGUCUGUGCACAAAGCAACAAAAGCUGAGAGUGUAGAUGAACCCCGGGAGACUCGUCCAACCGCCCUGCGCUGACUCAGAAUGAAAAUGAGAAGAACCUUUCUUAGCAGUGUGAGCCGGUCAUUUCCAUAAGCAAAUAUCCUCCUGUGGGAGGUGUGACACAUAGCACAUGGAAAAUGCAAGUUCUUCCCAUUGGAGUGAUUGUUUGAUGCCUUUAGCCCAAUAGCACAUUGUAGGAUGCCAUGUGUGCUGCAAGCAGGGCUUGGUGCUGUGUGCACUCAGAGCUGCACGCAGUGCUGGAGCUGAGCUGCCCAAACCUGCAUUGCAGCUGAAGGAUCAGGGCUGCAGGUGUGGGGCUGCGCUGCAAGCCCAGCAGUGCUGGAGUGCCCUGCAGUUAGCAAGGUGUCCCUUUGCUUUGUAUAGUUAUUUUCUUUUCUUUUGGUUAUUACGCAUUCUCUGCUCUGCAAAAUCAGCCCCAGUGUGGCAGGGUGUUGUCAGAUGGCAUUACUUUGCUUUCCCAUUGUGUCUGUUGUGACCCGUGGAGAAGCAGCUGCAGAUACACUUUAUACAGUGAAGGAAGGUGAAUGGGAUCCCCCAGACCAAGGGGGCAAGGGCAGCUUCGUGCAGGAGUGCUGGAGAACACUGAAAUGAUGAAAACGAGUGGGAAAACAAUGCAAAUGGUACUGGGAGAAUGUUAAUAUUUGUUAUUUAAUUGUAGAAACCUCAGUUAGGCUGUUCCUUUUUGCCUUUUUCCUUUGUUUUUGCCUUCGGCUGACCUCUGCUUGCUGGUUUGGUGCUCUGUUCCCUGGAGGUUUUGUGCUGUUGCUCACACUCGCAGCACUGGGUGAUGUCGGCGCUCUGACCUCAUUUUGGGAACCCAUUAAAUGAUGGUUCCUUUGUGCAAGGCUUCAAACACAGCACCAAGCCGUGUUGCUUAGCAAUUGCAAAGUUUCCUCAGGCCUGGGAUGGUGGAGCAGAAGCUAGUUGCACAAUUAAGGUUAAUUAUCCAGGAAGGUAACUACCUGUGGCUGCAGCGCUGUCGCAACGCUCUCUCUUCUCCCAUUCCCACACUCCUCAUCUCUGGGAUAGAAUGAAGCAUUGGUGGGAGAUGUGUGCAGGCUCUGGGGGUUUUGUAUGGGAUGUGAUGGGAGAGUUUGCUCUUUGAUAUGCAAAUGCCCAAAUGGUUCCCAGCCGUGCUCCAAGUGCUCUUAGGGCCGGGGGUCCCUCAGCCUGCAGAUGGGUUUUGGCUGCAGAUGGAACUCUCUUUUGCCUCUUUGUAAAUAAAGAAGGAAACCCCA